AUGGCAGACCAGGACACCAUUGACAGUACCCGCGCAGACCCGCAAUUCUACAACCGCAAUCCCGCUGGGGUCAACCAGCACCCGCACUGCCCACGACCAGGCGACGCCGAGAUCGAGCGCAUCCUGCGCGAGUUCCACGCGCAGGCGAUCACGAACCGGAAGCUCAUCAGCCAGCUGCUGAAGAGCGAGUACGGGAUCAUCAUGAGUGACACGACCGUCUCGCGCCGGCGGCGGGCGCUCGGGCUGAGCGGCCAGAUCACGAGCAAGCAGUUCGUCCCGAAGGCGACGCAGGACGCGCUGCGCGCGCAGGCCCGGGCGCGCGAGCGGGAGCGGGAGCGGGCCUCUGUGCGUCCAGCCCGGCCAGCACCUGCACCCCCGUCUGCUACUACGCCGGACGACCUGUUCGGGAGCAGCCCCGAGCCCGAGCCCGAGCCGCUCCCCCAGUACGAGUACGAUCCCCUCCCUCCCGAGGCUUCUGCUGGCAGUGCGACUCCCGAGCCGCUCCCCGCCCCGCCUGCCAGGAAGCGUCGCAGAACCGCAGCACGACGGCAGCAACAACCCCCGCCGGUGACGCGCUGCCUGGUGACGCUGGAGCACGAGCCGCCCGAGACGAUCGGGAAGUGUUAUUUGCUUGGGCACGGCACCCCGAGUGCGAGGAUUCGCCAGCUGGAGUAUGCGUGGGGGUAUAAAGCUGGUACGCUGGAUCUUGAGAGUGCUGAUAAUAAGAUACACUUGAGAGCGGAUAUCCGUUGCUCGUUCGACGACGGCGGGUUCGUCAUCCUCCCCGACCUCAAUACUAUCAAACGGAUAUACAGGGACACGGUCGACUACAUGCUCGCGCACGACGGUGCUAGGCCACCACGCGCCCAUAUAUUUCCCCACGAGUCGGCCACCGCAACCUGGACAUACGACUUCGUCCCACUCAAGCUCCUCUCGCAGAACGUGACCAUCCACCGGCGCUCCCUCGACCCCUCAUCCCAACCCCCUACCUCACCCUCCGCUCCCGCCGCCUACACGUUGCACCACCCCCCCUUCCCGAACUUCCCCAAGCUCGAGUGUGCCGCGCACCCGUUCUUCGCGAUCGCGAACGCGGUGGAGAAGUUCCGGAAGAACGUUGAGACGGUGCUGCGCUACCCGCAUUUGGUGGAGGUGCGGAUGGCGCUGUUGCCGCUGUGGGAUGUGUGGACGGUGGAUCCGCCGGAGGGGUUCUUUGCGAGUGGUGGAGGGCCGGUGGAGGGGUCGUCGUCGUUCCGGGUGUUUUCGGUGGGUGGGGCGUAGCCGCGGCUUUUUGUUACCUGGCGGCAAUCCCGCUAAGUAGGUGGAACGAGACCUCAGAGCCAACUCCAAUGCGCUCAUCCCACCGGCCUUUGCGAGCUCGAACUGCGGUCUUUCUGUGGAUAGAGUGAGAUCGAAACUUGGUGAUGUGCUAUACAAUCUGGGCGGCGCAUUUAUGCCCGCUUCAACCACGGGAAGCGACCAUGGAUCAUUGCUGAAGAACCUGCUACUACGACACGCGGUUGGGAUCUAACGAUUCGGAGCAAAGGUGUAGUAUAGAGGUGCGUGUGGAGUUGGGCGGGGGUAGAAGUGACAACAAGAUGUGGAAUCAAGGACGGAGGGCGCGUGCCCUCUUCCGCUCAGCCUCAGUGUAUGUGCCGUCUUCGUCAAUACAAAU